GAGGUAUACACCGAUAAGGAUCGUGCUGCCGCCGUAAAUAUGGGCACCAAAGAUAUUAAGCAGUCGUUGAAAAUAAAACAGAAACAAGAUCGAAAUCUGCAAUUGCCAGAAGAUGCAGAGCCAACGGCUAUGCUAGCUUUAGGAUUACGGGAGAUGCGAAUCGGUGACGUUAAAAUUGCAAUGAAUUGUAUUAACAAGGCACUGGAUCUUGAGCCAAAUGAUAACGAUGCAUUAAUAGCACGGAGUAAGUGCUACCUUUUGUUAGGACAACCUCGAAAAGCUUUACAAGAUGCCGAAAAUGCAUUACAACACAAAAUGAAAAAUGCCAACAUAGCCAAAACAAUGUAUUGCAAAGCAGAAGCUUUGUAUCACCUUGGUGAUUUUGAAAUGAGCCUUGUAUACUACUAUCGUGGCAUGAAAAUCCGUCCAGAAUACGGACAAUUUCGCCUUGGUGUUCAAAAGGCGAAAGAUGCAAUACAAAAUAUAUUGCGUAAAAAUUGA